AUGGGCCGUCCUGACUCCUACCACCACUUUGCGGGAGCACUUGGUGGCUGUGACCCAGACGAAGGAGAGGCAAAUAAGUGGAUUGAGUGGAUUAGUGGCCGGAUGGCAUGGACCGUCGUGGGGUGUGAAGGAUGGAAGCCGUCGAGAAAUCGAACUGCUGGUUCAACUGUGGCGGGUACUCCAGCACCCUCGUUCCCGGUUGGUUGGUUCCCCGACCUGCGAAUUGGAGAUGAGGGAGGAGGUGGUGGUGAAAAAUUUUCUGCUCGGAUCGCCUGGUCCUUGAAGCUAACUAACAGAGGAAAUGACGACAAACUCAAACUGCUUGGAGAAAAGUGA